AUGUCGGGUAAAGUUCAACCGGAGCGUAUGGCUGAGCUGCGACGCGGCUCCAAGCUGCGACAACGCCUUCAGAUGGAGAUUGAAGACGCGACUCAAAGCGUUCACCUCGCCGAUGAUGACAUUCGAUACCAUUACCAGCAGCUUUCUUAUAUUCAAGCGUACGAGGCGGACCCCGUGAAGCGUCGCCACGACAUGGCGUACUGGCAGACCCGCAUCAAUCAGCUCCACGCGCAGAUCACCAUGCUGCAUCAUCGGCUGGCUGUCGCCGUCCAGGACCUUCAUGAUUUUGAAGAAGCGACCGCGGAAAUAUCGGAGAGAGCGAGUCGUGAGCCAAAAAGCCGAGAGUCGGGGACUGGGCGUUGCGCUGGCGAGGGAAAACCACACUCAAUUUGA